AAAGAACACGUGACUUAUUAUAACGAUAAUAAUGAUUUUAUCCUCUCUUCAAUAAUUCAUAACUCGUCGUAUUUUCGUAUGAACAUUCCAUAACCUCCAUUCAUUUCAAUGCUACUGAAAUGCUCGUGAUUUUACAGUUUAUGCUAUUUACAAUUACUAGUCUAAUAGUAUUUGGAUUCUCAAGUUAUCUUAGUUUUACGGAUGGUCUUUCAUAUCUUUUUGAUAUCUAUAAACAGUGGCUCUUCACUGAAAUCGAUCAUAUUCAAUUGUACGAUUUCAUCAUCGUUGGGGCCGGGACAGCUGGUGCGACUGCAGCCAUAAAACUAACAGAAUAUGGACAUAAAGUAUUAUUACUCGAAGCCGGUGGAGUUGCUCCACCGUUUUUAGAUAUACCACUUUUAGCUCCCCUGAUUCAAAACACUCCAUACGACUGGAAAUAUGUUACUGUACCCCAACAGCAUGCUUGCAAAGGUUUAAAGAACAAUCAAAGCAAAUGGCCAAUGGGUAAAAUUCUUGGUGGAACUGAUAGAAUAAAUUAUAUGCUUCACGUACGUGGGCAUCCUUCAGAUUAUGAUUGGCUUCCAGAUUAUAUUCGAGACACUAGAACAAAUCAUGAAUCCAUGCACAUAAGCAAUUUAACAUGGGACACUGGAUUUGCUGACGUAAUUUUAAAAGGACUGGAAGAGUUGGAUCACGACAUUGGCAAUAUUAAUGAGGACUUAAAAACUGGUUUUAUGAAAGUACAAUUAUCCACGAAGAAUGGGAAACGGUGGUGUGGUGACAAAUUGUUGUACAAAUACUUGAAAGACAAAUUGACUAUCUUCACUCAUGCUCACGUUGAAAAAGUGUUGAUGGAGUCAAGUAGAGCGAUCGGGGUACAAUUUCUUGCAUUGAAUAAAAAGUUUAAAGCUUUCGCAAAAGAAGGUGUUGUUUUAAGUGCUGGUACAAUUGGUACUCCAAAGAUAUUAAUGUUGUCUGGUAUUGGACCGAAGGAACACUUGGAAGAUAUGAAGAUCAAUGUAAUAAACGAUUUACCAGUUGGUAAACAUCUCGUAGAUCAUCUCCUCACUGGGAUUGAUCUGGUUAUGCUUAACACGAGUAUUGGUCUCAGUGUAAUUAAUGCUUUCAGUCCCUUAUCAGUAUUAGAUUACUUUCUUUUUGGAGAAGGUCCGUGGACAUACACAGGAGUUGAAGUAUUGGGAACGUUCCACAGUAAUUUUCAAAAAAAUAAAUCAAGUGCACCAGAUUUACAAAUAAUGGUGAUGCCACUUGGCUUAUCACGGGACAAUGGUAUCGUUCUAAAAGAAACUAUGGGAAUCACCGAUGAGGUUUAUAAUGAAUAUUUUGCUCCUAAUUCGUAUAAAAAUACAGUAACAAUCGCUCCUGUUUUGUUACAUCCGAAAAGCGAAGGAGAAAUUAAAUUAUUUAGUAGCGAUCCGUCACAUCCACCUCUAAUCGAUCCGAGAUAUUUAUCAAAUGAGGACAAAAAAUGUUAAAACUUUGCAGGCAUUCGAUUCGUGAAGAAGCUUGUUGAAACGAAUGCUAUGAAAACUAUCGGUGCUGCCAUUUAUGAGAAACAUUUUCCCGGCUGCGAAAAUGAAAUGUUUGAUAGUACAAAGUAUUGGGAAUGUUAUGUACAACAUUUAACUUUAACUUCUUAUCAUCCCGCUGGUACAUGUCGGAUGGGUGACGUCGUCGAUCAAACGUUUAAAGUCUACGGUACAACAAAUUUAUACAUAAUAGAUGCAUCCGUAUUUGCAUCUUUACCAAGUGGUAAUAUUAAUGCUGCAGUUAAAAUGAUUGCCGAAAAAGCUGUACAUGUAAUAAAUCAAAAUAUAGAAGUUCCCGGGAAAGAUAAAUUAUGUUCCUCGCGACGUACCUAUCAGGACAUAUUUAAUCGAUAUGAUACAUGUAAAUAAGGGAAUAAAGAAUCAAAAUAUUGUACAGUC